UAUAGGGAGAACACCAAGAGAGAGAAUAGAGAGGGCGAGAGAGAGAGAGAGAGGAACAUGGGGAGGUCUCCAUGCUGUGAGAAAGCUCACACCAACAAGGGCGCCUGGACCAAGGAAGAGGACGAGCGCCUCAUCGCCCACAUCCGAGCCCACGGCGAGGGCGGAUGGCGUACCCUCCCGAGGGCCGCCGGCCUCCUGCGGUGCGGCAAGAGCUGCCGUCUCCGCUGGAUCAACUAUCUCCGCCCCGACCUCAAGCGCGGCAACUUCACCCAGGAAGAGGAUGAGACCAUCAUCAACCUCCACCGUCUACUGGGCAACAGAUGGUCACUGAUAGCCGCGAGACUGCCGGGGAGAACAGAUAACGAGAUAAAGAACUACUGGAACACACACAUCAGGAGGAAGUUAUUGAGCAGAGGUGUGGACCCUAUAACUCACCGGCCGUUCGACGAGCGUGCGCCAUCAACCAUCGCAAUCUCAUCGGAGAGGAAAGAAGAGAAGCAACAACAACAGCAGCAGCAGAGUAGCAGUGACGAGUCAUCGGCACAGCGGCAACAAGCCCCCAAGUGUCCCGACCUUAAUUUGGAGCUCUGCAUCAGCCCUCCUCUUCUUCGUCGAGAGCCUUCCUUUCAGCUGCAGCUUGGGAUCACAGAUUCGGCAACGGAGUGAGAAGUCUGCAAAAGCCUAGGAUGAAAUGAAAAAGGCUAUAUUAGUUAUCCAAUAGUCAGUCUUACUCCACUUCAUUUUUCUUCUUCCAUUUUGUAAAAUUACAAGCAGAUAAAGUAGUAAUCUAAAGAAUGUUUGCCAUUUCUUA